CGCUUUGACUUCUGAGAUUUUUUACAAAGUCUGAACAUCAGAUCUUAUGGCAAGAGGAGUAGAAGAAGAGGUGGCAUGGAAAUACUUUUGCAGAGAUGUUGUGCCAUUCACUGCAAUGGUGGCUGUGGAGUGUGUCACGGUUGGAUCUAACACACUGUUCAAGGCUGCGACCAUGAGAGGAUUGAGCUUCUAUGUCUUUGUCUUCUACAAUUAUGUCGUUGCUACACUUGUCCUUCUUCCACUUUCCCUCCUCUUUAGAAGGUCAAGAAGAUUACCUUCAGCCAAAUCUUCUGUCUUCUUCAAGAUUUUCUUACUUGCACUUGUCGGGUUCAUGUCGGGGAUAGCUGGCUGCAAAGGAAUAGAAUAUAGUUCCCCGACGCUUGCUUCUGCCAUCAGUAACAUUACGCCAGCUUUUACCUUUACUCUCGCUAUCAUCUUCAGGAUGGAACAAGUCGUGUUAAGAAGCUCUGCGACUCAGGCUAAAAUCAUUGGCACGAUAGUAUCUAUGUCUGGUGCUCUGGUUGUUGUUCUUUAUACAGGCCCCAAAAUUCUAGCGUCAUCAACAACCGUCUCGCAUGACCAGCAUUUGACUAUAUCUGAGUCAAGUUGGAUCAUUGGAGGUCUAUUAAUCGCUGCACAAUAUUUGCUUGUUUCAAUCUGGUUGAUUCUUCAGACUCGGAUCAUGGAGGUAUACCCUGAAGAAAUAACUGUAGUCUUCUUAUACAAUUUAUGCGCAACAUUAAUCUCAGCACUUGUGUGUCUAUUUUCUACAAAAGACUUGAGUUCUUUUCUGCUUAAACCGGGUCUCUCCCACGCUUCAGUCAUGUUCUCGGGAGGCUUAAUUUCAUCGUUGGGGUCUGUUAUACACACUUGGGGUCUUCAUCUGAAAGUCGCUAUGGGUUCUAUCUUUCUCGGUGAUGCACUUUACUUAGGGAGAGUUACAUGGUUUCUAUAUGCCAAGUCACACUUUGCAUCCAUACUUCAUAUGCAGUGUCGUUGGAUCAGUGAUUUGAGCUUAGGCUUCUACACUGUGAUUUGGGGUAAAUCAAGAGAGGAUUUAACCAGAACGGUUGCUGGUUCGGAGUAG